AUGAUUUGGUUUGCUGAAGGAGAUAGGAAUACAAGUUUCUUUCACAAUCAUGUCAAUGGCAAAAGAAAGAAAUUGCAACUGAAGAGGAUUAAAAGUGGCAGUGGGGUAUGUAUUGAAGACCAGGAGCAAUUGGCUACAACUGCAGUGGAAUUCUAUCAAAAACAGUUCACAAAUGAAGGUGAUGCUUCUGAAUUUUCCUUGCUCAAUAAUGUACCUUCAAUGGUCACCAUGGAUCAGAAUUUGGAACUUAGCAGAUUGCCAACAAUUGAAGAAGUAAGGGCAGAAGUUUUUGAGCUUAGUGGGGACAGUGCUAGUGGUCCUGAUGGAUUCAAUGUCCUGUUUUAUCAAACAUGCUGGGAUGUUAUUGGUGCUGAUAUACACAACAUGGUGCUACACUUCUAUGGAGGAGCUGCAUUGCCUAAAUCCAUCACUUACACCAAUCUAGUGUUGCUACCCAAGAAACCUAGAGUUGAGACCUUCUCUGACUUAAGACCUAUUAGUUUGAGCAACUUCACUAACAAGGUCUUGUCUAGGGUGUUACAUGACAGAUUGGAGAGUUUACUGCCAUCUCUAAUAUCUCCUAAUCAAUCCGAAUUUAUAAAGGGUAGGAGUAUAUUUGAGAACAUCUUAUUGACUCAAGAAAUUGUCACUGACAUAAGGUUAAGUGGAAAGCCAGCUAAUGUGGUGAUCAAGCUUGAUAUGGCAAAGGCCUAUGAUAGGGUUUCAUGGAAGUACUUGUUGCAUGUGCUAAGGAAGAUGGGAUUUUCUGAGCACUUCAUCAACAUGGUGUGGAGCUUGAUAUCAAAUAACUGGUAUUCAGUAUUGGUGAAUGGGAAGUCCUCAAGGUUCUUUAAGUCUACAAGGGGUGUGAAGCAAGGGGAUCCCCUAUCUCCAGCAUUGUUCAUUCUGUCAGCUGAGGUACUUUCCAAGUCUUUGAAUAAGCUCUUUGAAGACAGGUCAUUUGUGGGAUUUGGAAUGCCUAAGUGGUCUGAUCCUUUAAACCAUUUGGCAUAUGCUGAUGAUACCAUAAUCUUUGCAUCUGCUUAUCUUCCCUCCUUGAGCAAGAUUAUGGCAGUGUUGGGGAACUAUGAGAAGAUAUCAGGUCAGAUGAUCAACAAAGAUAAGAGUUCAUACUACAUGCAUUCAAAGGUUGCUAAUGGAUUGUUUCAGGCAGUUGGAGCUAUUACAGGAUUUGCAAGAGUCCUUGAUCCAACAAACAACAUCCUGGAGCAUCUACAUAAGAUUUUUGCUAGGUUCUUUUGGAGCACAAAGGAAGAAGGGAGAAGUAGACACUGGGCUUCAUGGCAAAAUCUUUUCCUUCCUACAGAGGAAGGGGGCCUAGGUUUUAGGUCCUUACAUGAUGUCUCAAGGGCACUGUUUGCUAAACUAUGGUGGAGGUUUAGGACCACAAAAUCUUUGUGGUCUAAUUUCACGUGGAAUAAGUAUUGCAAGAAGGAGCUACCCACAAUGGUGCAUUUUAGGAAAGGGUCUCAUGUUUGGAGACAAAUGCUGAAUGCUAGGGAAGAAGUAGAACAUGAGAUUGAGGUGGCAGAACUGCGGCAAGGGGAAAUAUGGGAUGUUCAGCUGCUAGAUCAAACUUUCAAUGAGGAAGUUUCAGAACAUAUAAGGCUAAAUAUGCAUUAUGAAGGCAAUGAGGGAUAUUGGGAUAGGCCAUACUGGAUGCCAACUCCUUCAGGCAAGUUCAGUGUUAGCAGUGCUUGGCAAAUAUUAAGGCAUAGAGCUGAUCCUAAUAAGGAAUUCAAGUUAAUGUGGAUUAAAGGUUUGCCUUUCAAGAUAUCCUUCUUCUUGUGGAGAUUGUGGAGGCAGAAAAUAGCUACUGAUGACAUGUGGAGGAGGAAAGGGCAAAUGGUGAUGUCUAGGUGUUGGUGUUGUCAGCAGCCCCAAGAGGAAUCCAUUCAGCAUAUAUUUGUCACAAGUCCUACUACCUCUACGGUAUGGAACUUCUUCAUGGGGGCGGCUGGAAUUACUGUGCCAUUGAUUCAAUUGAAGCAGGUUAUUAGACAUUGGUGGUAUGCUCAGUGUUGUCCAAAAUUAAAGCCACUGUUUCAAGCAGUACCAGCUAUCAUCACUUGGGAGCUUUGGAAGAGAAGAAAUGCAGGUAAACAUGGGAGUUCAGUGUCCAUAAAUAGGGUGAUUCAUGAGAUAAAUAGGACAUUGCAUCAACUGGCAAGGCUUCCUUUUCAUGAUUGGUACAAAUGUAAUACUGAUGGAGCCUCAAAGGGUAAUCCUGGACCUAGCUCCCUAGGAUUUUGUGUGAGGGAUGAUGAAGGUGAUAUGGUGUAUACUAGGGCAGUAGACAUGGGAGUGACAACUAAUGUGGUAGCUGAAGCUAAGGCUAUUCUUCAAGGGUUGGAAUACUGUGUGGAGCACGAUCUUCACCCUCUGAUAUUGGAGACUGAUUCGUUGGUGAUGAAGAAGGUGAUAGAAGGGGAAUGGGAUCCUCCUUGGAAUGAUGUCUACAUUAAAGGUUCUAGUUGGGAAGGAUCCGAGCUUACAAGAUCACAAAAAGGCACAGUUUCAAAGCCUGGCCUUUGCCUUGCAAAGCCUGCUUAA